AUAUUGCUGUCGUCCACGUCUUAUCUAAACAUCCACGCCCAACACUGAAUAGAUGCCGACUUCUAGGUUGAGGUCGCUUUCUCUUUAAAUAACCUUUCCGGUAAUCCUGUAACGUUAAUAUUGUCCGCCGUGCAGUUAUGAGCACCGAGCUACCUUUUCCUGUGCGUGCGUGUGACAACGAGCGCGGAUCCGCUCGCGACGUAAUACGCCCAGGAGCCGUCAACGUGUUUACCUGAACGGUGAGGAGACAACGGAGCGAGCCAAUGUCCUCUUUUACCGUUCAUCGCACUCCUCGCGUGUCCGGAGCCGUGAUUGCACAGGCGGUGGAGGGGAAUCGGUGUGUGAAACGCGAUCUGCCCGAGCGAAGCGCGAGAGAGGCGCCCAGCACACGCCACGGCAAAUGGCAACUUGUGCAGUGAGGAGUUUUAGCAGUGUGCCAGAGGCAACUUCAGAUUCAGAUGAUGAAGACAAACUGCACAUUGCAGAGGAGGACAGCAUUGCUGACGAUCCCAACCUAAAGUCCUCAGUAUUCCAGCUCGAAGCAGCACAGCAGCUCUCUGAAACAUGCACACAGGAUGAUGGCAGCCUGGGGCCAGAUACUUUAAUAGAAGAAAUAAGGGUCAAAGAGGAGUGUGUCACUGAUGAGGAAGAGGGUGCUGAUGAUGAAGUGGACUGUGAGGAAAAGCAGACGGAAACGGAGCACGCUUACUCAGACGUCCCAGAGGAGCAUCAGAGAACGCCAGAGCGAGGGGUCCACGAUGAGAAACGGUACUCCUGAUGCAUUCCCGCAGCUGCACACCUGUCCGCACUGU